UCGUAUACCUCAUCGGAGCCCCGGUGGUCACCCAAGCACAUAUGUCUACAGCCGUGGUGCGAAAUAGCAUGGUUAAUGUCGCUUGGCGAAGCAGCAUCCGACCCCAUCCGCUACUACAAACUCCACCUUGAUGAUGGCUUCCUUUCAGCAAUUCGACCAUGGCCCCCAACUUCACGAUAUCUCGGCGAAGCUUCCGCGCUGACCCGAGCAGCGCUUAGCAGCCAACGACGGUAUAAAUAUAAGCAGCCAAGGGCGCAGUCCAGUGAUGCCUAUAUUCACAACAUUCAUACCCAGUAGCUAUGUCCGAAGUACCUCUUAUCCCGCUUGUCAUUGACAACAAGCCAUUCGAUGACCCGGACGCACAGGUCGCCCUCAACCAUUCAGCCUUCCAUGGCGGCAGUCCUUACACCAGAUAUGUGUCAGCCACCCCGGCAUCCACAAAAGCUGCUGUAGAGUCAUCGCUCCUUGCCUUCAAAACCUGGCCUCAGACCCUUCCAUCGCAGCGGCGCCAGAUUCUACAGAGAGCGGCUUCUCUUAUCCGGGAGAAUGCCGUCAAAUUGAUCCAGGUCCAGGUCGAGGAGACCAACUGCACCGAGUUUUGGGCACAGCGAAAUGUCGCGUGGUCUGCUACACAUAUCGAAGAGAUGGCCGGUCGCAUCACCUCGGUGCUUAGCGGUGAACUUCCCGUCUUGGAGACCCCCGGUCAGACCGGCUUCGUCUACAAGGCGCCGAUCGGCCCGGUCCUGAGUAUCCCGCCAUGGAACGCCGCUCUGUUCCUCGCUUGCCGGACGAUCGACACGCCGUUGGCUGUGGGCUGUACCGUCCUUCUCAAAGCAUCGGAGCAGUGUCCCCGCACUCACCAUAUGCUGGCUGGUCUCUUCCACAAAGCUGGUGUCCCAGAGGGCGUUCUCAAUGUCAUCCAAGCCCGUCGUGAAGAUGCGGCUGCCGUGACGGAAGCUGCCAUCAGCCAUCCUGGUAUUCGCAAGGUUGAGUUUAUUGGCUCGGCCUCGGUUGGUCGUGUUAUCGGAUCACUUGCUUCCAAGUACUUGAAGCCCAUUCUCAUGGAGCUUGGUGGAAAGAGCCCUGGUAUUGUCCUGGAAGACGCCGAUCUGGAACUUGCGGCUAGAUCACUCGUCGAAGGAGCCUUUCGUCACCAUGGGCAAAUCUGCUUCUCCACCGAAACAAUCAUUGUUCGGCGGGAGGUUGCGGACGCUUUCGUCGAGUGCGCAAAAAAGGUGGCUUCACAGUGGAAGACAGAGCCCGCGAUUUCGGCUGCGGGGCCCCGAAGAGCCUUGGGGUUGGUCCAAGAUGCGCUAUCCAAGGGCGCCAAAAUUCUCCUCGGCGAACCGAAGUUACUGAAUGACUACUCCCUCACCCCGAUCAUCCUUAGCUCGGUUACUCCAGAGAUGGAGAUUGCCGAUGAAGAGAGCUUUGGACCCAUCGCCAUUCUUAAAAUCGUGGCUAGCGACGAAGAAGCUGUGAGCAUUGCCAAUUCAACAAGCUACGGCCUCGGUGCCGGUGUGUUCAGCAAGGACGUGGGUCGUGCAUUUCGAAUUGCGCGGCAAAUCGAGGCCGGCCAGACGCAUAUCAACUGGCCAUACGGGACUGGUGCGGAUGAAGCAACACUAGGAGUGGGGCUUGCUAAGUCGAGCGGGUUCGGUAGGCAGAACGCCAAUCACGGGCUGGAGGAGUUUUUAAUUGUCAAGACCAUCACCAUCACUGAUCCUGUGGCGCAUUUUAAGACCCUUAGUGCGAUGCAAGGCUGAAUCCGUUCCUGCGCUCAAAAUAGUCUCCUGUGUACGGACUUCUUCUCUGGGGUAAGCGUGACCGAAGGAACCUAGGCCAUAUCGCGGCUUAUUACCCGUUUUGGCUCUCCGA